AUGUCAACAGCUACACCAGCAACGGGCACGACCGACGCGAUCGACUUCAAUGCCUCGAAUACCCUGAGACCACCGAGCAGGCCAGCCGACAUGUCCAGUGCCGAGUCUGCCACCCUCGAGAAGCCGGAUCACGAUGGAACGUCGAACCAAUCCUCCUCGAACCAAUCCCAGACCGAAGACUAUGCGUCGGUGGUGCAGGGAGCGGAACAGCCGGGCCUGCCGCGCCUCAACUACAACCUCAAGGACCACAAGAAGACACUCAUCGUUGUCGUGAGCUUGCUCGUCAUCGAGUCCAGCUUGCUGCCCGUCGCGCUCUUUUACGGCCUCUGGUUCUCCACGAGCCUCCGCCAUGGCAUCACAUUCGCCAUCAUCACCUCCUUCUUUGGCCUCAUCACCGGCAUCGAGUUUGCCCUCCGGUCCUACCGCCUCAUCUGGCUCCCCAACCACCGCCCCAUCGGCAGCAAGGUCUGGUGGCGCUUCGACUUCACCCACCUGACCCUCAGCACCGGCUACACGGUCAUGACGGGCAUCCUGAUCGGCGCCUCCAUCCCCCACGAGCCCUACGUCCGCAUCCUCGCCACCCCGGUCUCCCUCUUCUUCAUCCAGCUCGGCUUCCAGCUGCUCCUCACGGGCUACAUGCACCACUUCAACAAGCCGACGCCCUUCCGGAUCAGCUCGGUGCCCAAGGGCGACCGCACCCCGCCCCUCGUCUUCACCCUCGUCGAGGACAUCGUGGGCGUCGACGGAGGCGCCGGACAGAGCUACAGGAAGCGGCUCAUCGCGCGGUACGCCGUGAGCGCCAAGUUCCGCCUCAUGAUGGCCCAGAUCAAUUGGUUCUGGGGCAUUGGCGCCAUGCUGUGCGGCGUCGGGAUCAUGGUUGUGCUCUGGACGGUGCCGCAAGAGGUCGCGUACGGAGUUGGCUGGGGCGUGCCGUUGGUUUUCGUCAUCAUCUGGACCGGCAUCACGAUCGUGUAUACCCGGCGCUGCCUGCGGAAGGAGAAGGAGGCCUGGGGCAUCGGGCACACGCCUGCCCUGGAGCCCGCGGCUGUCCGCGCUCUUGAGCGUGCGAGCCACGAAGCAUAA